CAUCGAAUUGUUUUCGAUAUCUGAUCACCACAAGCUAACCAAGAAUUGAAAGCCUUAGUUCUGGUUCCUCAUCAGAAUUUGGACGAAUAUGGAGGAGAAACUGUCGCACUGCAAGUCAUCCAGUGGCACUUUGUUUUCGUUGGUGGACGGGGACAUUCACAUUGACCCUAUACAAGCUAAUCGUAGCAUAAGUGUAACUGGCAUUCCUGAGGGAACCAAAGCAGCAGAUCUUGUUAUUCACUUUCAACGCAAUAAAAAUGGCGGAGGCGAUGUCGAUGGCAUUAUAACGAAUAAACAAGGAUCUGCAGUUAUAACAUUCGAAAAAGCUGAAGUUGUGAAAUCAGUUCUGGAAAAGACACAGACGUUUGAUGGAAUUGUUUUAGAUGUGCAACCGUAUGUCACAGUACCAAUGGUUGAUGAGGAGGUAUUCGAGCUGGUAUCUGCAGAGAUUUGCUUAGCGACCGUCGAAUUUCUCACCCGUCAACAAACAAAAGCUGUCCUAAAGGAAAUCGCUAACAAGACUGGGAUCAAGUGGCUUGAAGAUAGUGCGACUUUCUUGAUGUCAGGAAGCCUGAAACAAGUGGAAAUGUCACGAGGUUAUCUUCAGCAAGCCAUAAGUCAGUUUGGUGGAAUAGCAGAAUACAACGAGAUGAAGAGGAAAUUCUCAAAACCUCAGAAUUCAAGAAGUGCAGAGGUCGUUAGGGAAGACGCCGAGGGGGAGGUUGAGAGAACCAAUGCCGUAAUGAAGGCAAACAACACGAAGAAAAAAGACCCCUGUGACGAGGAAACAGACGCAACGCAAACCGAUCACAUGGCCCCAGUAACACCCACUAAAAGUCAUGAUUUUGAGGUCAAUUCAAAGCUCAUAAAAGUUUUUGUGAAGGCUCACGAAGCUGAACUAAACGAUAUCGAGGUCGAAUACCAUGUAGAGGUACCAAGAGAGGCGAAGGAAGGAAAAAUUACCCUUAAACCCAGGAGUGGAUGUACAGGUGAAGAAUACGAGAAGGCGUGCGACCUGUUCAUCGAUCUGUAUCAGCAAAUGACUCAAGUUAUGAAGAUGGAGCGUUUUUCGCUAAAGGAUGAAAGAAAGGUCACCACUGCCCGAAAGAAGAUUCAUGAAAUGGGUAAGAACUUUCCGGUGUUGGUGGAAGUAUGUAAGGAUAAAAAACACUGGGAAGUUUUCGGGAGGCAACAUGAUUUAGAAGAGGCCAUGGAAUAUCUUCAUAAAGAGGAAGUAGAAAUAGAGAUGGAAUCAGAAAAAAGGAAGCUUGGAGGUGAUUCAAGGAAUGACGGCCAAAAAGGAAAGGAAGCGAAUCCAUCAGAGUUUGCCAGGGUCACCCGGAGUAAAGACUUACUGGAAGCCCACAUAGGGAGAGUCAGAGUUUCAGUCUCUCGAGGAGACCUGACCACCGAGAAGGUUGAUGCUAUUGUUAACGCCUCAAAUGAGUUUCUUCAACACGAUGGGGGCCUUGCUAAGGCCAUUCUUGACAAAGGUGGAAAAAUAAUUAGCCAAGAAUCGAACAAGAUCAUUAAGAAGCGUAGAUCUUUGAAGGAAGGUCAGGCAGUGUCGACUAAAUCAGGAAAUCUACCGUGUAAGUUGGUCGUUCAUGCCGUAGGGCCGGAGUAUCGAAGAAUAGGAAUGAGCCAUAGUAAAGAGGUCCUCCGCCGAGCCUGUUUUAACAGUUUGAGAAUCGCACAAGAAGAGAAAUCGACCUCCAUUGCUUUACCAGCGAUCGGUUCUGGCACUCAUGGCAUGCCUAAAGACGCCUGUGCUGAGGUGAUGUUUGAUGCUGUCGACGAAUUUAUUCGACAAGGAGAUCCUAAGAAGAAAACAAUCACUGACAUCAGAUUCGUGAAUAUAGAUGAUGCCUCCUUUCAAGCGUUCAGGAAAGAGUUCAUCUCUCGAUAUGGCCACAAUGGAGACGACGGUCGCGGAUCUUUCCUGUGGAGUCCAACUGGUGCUGAAGGUGCUGAUCCAUCUUUGCAACCGUCAAGACGAAAUCGUGGCAGAAACAAGGAUAAGAGUUCCGAAGCUAGUGGUACAUCAUCAAGCCCUAGAGAUGUGUCUGGAAACCGUAAUUUCGAAACCAAUUCUCAUCACCCGCUGGAUGCUGCGGCUACCGGUGGUUCAUCGCUUCCAAACAUUUCUUACAGUGGCGCUGUCAAGAAAUCUGCAGAUGCUAAUUCUGACGAAAGGAAAAUGGGGUUUACCCUCCCCCCUGGGGAAAAUAAAACUCCGGCGAACGAUAAAGGAGAAGAUCCCUGUCCCAUCUGUCUUGAUACUUUAACGAAACCACGGAAAUUGAAGUGCAGACACACCUUCUGCGCAGAGUGCCUUAAAAAAGCUUUAGAUGCAAGCAACAAAUGCCCUGUGUGCCAAGAACCGCAAGGUGUCCUUCAAGGAAACCAACCCCCAGGAGAGAUGCGACAUCGUACUGAACGUUACAGUGUUCCAGGAUAUGAAGGUGAUGGCACGAUAGUCGUUGACUACGACUUCCCUCCUGGAAUUCAAGGAAAGAAUCAUCCUCAUCCCGGCCAAAGGUUUGGAGGCACGACUCGCCAGGCAUAUCUUCCCGACACGCGUGAAGGAAGAGAGGUGUUACAGCUACUGAGGAGAGCCUUUGAUGCUCGCUUGGUUUUUACAGUUGGUACGUCAAACACUACGGGCUGUUCAAAUCAAAUAACUUGGAAUGGUAUUCAUCACAAGACUAGUAUGGGUGGUGGACCCUAUGGGUUUGGAUAUCCCGACUCUGAUUACAUGAGUAGAGUCAAAGAGGAGUUGGCUGCCAAGGGAAUCCGCUGAUUGCUUAUUAUUGAACUGUGUUUCACGGAGUUCGGAGUUGGUAACCAAACUCGAGACUGAAGAAAUUAGCACACAAGUACCAACCAAAUAAACGUGUAUUAUCGUAAUCAGUGUAGUUAAGAAUGCAGUCAAUAGAUUGAAGAAAUGAGGAUUUACAAACAUAAAACAACUUGACAACAAUCAUACCAUGCAGGAGUUCCGUUGGAGUUAAAAAAAGGUCUAAUAUGUAUUUGUCUGGUAGUAUAAUGAGAAUUUCUCAUGAGCGUCUCUCGUAAUAGUCAUUUUAAUCAGUCGAUCCGGCUAAAAUUGUAUACGUAGUGGUUUUAUUCACCUUUUAGCAUUCUUUUUCAUGACAAUUUCACUAUAAAAUCUCUGUCACGUUUACGGAUACGAACUCUAAUCUUUUUUACUUAUGUAACUCUUCCGUUUUUAGCACAAAGACACUAAGAAA